AUGAAUACAAUAGAAUACAGCGUAGCAGAUUUAUCAAAGAUCAAGUUCCGUCUUGAUUUCAUCUGCGAACUCAACAUUCUGACCUUGUCAGAUAAGGCAUUACCACUCUGCGAAUUCAACUAUUACAAACUGAAUGAAAGACUCAUCGAAACUGUCAAAGCACCGAAGAAGUAUAAGAGAGUACUAUCUUUUAACCGGAAAAUCGACAAUUACUCGCUCACAAAGAACCCAGAAACAAACGAGUUUGAUUUACAUAUAAAUGCAAGCAAGGCCGUUAAUAAUUUCUACACCGGUAGAGUAGGUAAAUUAGUUGGAAACGAAGAUUACUAUAAAAUCCAUACGGAUAUCAAGAAUGUCAAGCUGAUCAGUCAAAUGCCACAGUUACCUUCACUUGCCACAUCUAAAUACAGUUUUAAUGAUGCCGAAAGAGCAACAUAUCUCAGGUUUUACCUCAAUGAUGUUGCUGUACCUUCUUCUAAUAGUAAUUUCGAAAAUUUCUCAAAUUGGUUAAAUAUUACGCUUCUUAGAUUUAGUGAAAGUAGAUACGAAAGACGCGUCAGGAAACUAAUCGAUAGUUAUAGAUUGCCUAGUACUGAAGAAACACAAAGGCAAGACUUAGCUUUACACCAAUGGAAGGGCGGAUUGCUUGAUAGCGAAGAUGUUUACGACUAUUUAACGAAGUUACCACUGGAUGAUACAUCGCUUCUAUGCAUUCAGAUAAAGGGUUAUAAUCAUUCACCGUCAGCUUGGUCGACCUACAAGGACUUCAGGCGCUUUCAUUCACAUACAGACUCUCCAACACAGUCAAUCUUCUUCCUUAAUGGAAAAUUCCUUAUCAGCGACGAAUAUUCAGUCAACCGGUUCAAAAGGUGA